UUAAAAGCGCGGGUCGGCGAUGAUCGAGAGAAGGCAGGCAUACGUGGAAGUGGGUGUGACUACCGACUCCUAGUUGGUUUGGAGUAGAUCUGUGGAGUAGCUGGGAGUAGCGCAUUCACCGUUGGAACGGAAGCUUGCACAAGUUCGAGAUAAAAGCAACAAAAUGUCUCAGCAACAAUACUAUCCUUUCAAGUGUACACCUACGGUGUACCCAGCAGAACCCUUCGAUCCCGUUGCAGAUGCAGCAAUUCUGCGAAAGGCAAUGAAGGGUUUUGGUACUGAUGAAAAAGCAAUCAUCGAUGUGCUGACUAAGAGAGGAAUAGUUCAGCGUCUAGAAAUUGCAGAGGCUUUUAAAACUCAAUACGGAAAGGAUUUGGUCAGUGAUUUGAAGGGUGAGCUCACCGGGAAGCUCGAGGACGUCAUCGUCGCUCUUAUGACUCCACUUCCCCAUUACUAUGCCAAAGAACUUCAUGACGCUGUUGCUGGACUUGGUACCGAUGAGGAAGCGAUCAUAGAGAUCCUGUGCACGCUAAGCAACUAUGGAAUCAGAACCAUUGCUGCCUUCUAUGAAAAUUUAUACGGCCAUACUUUGGAAAGCGACUUGAAGGGUGAUACCUCAGGACAUUUCAAAAGAUUGCUGGUUUCUUUAUGCCAAGCCAAUCGAGAUGAAAACCAGGAAGUCGAUGUGAGACAAGCCCAAGCUGAUGCCAAUGCUCUUUAUGAAGCUGGUGAAAAACAAUGGGGCACUGAUGAAUCACAAUUCAAUGCUAUCUUGAUUUCUCGCAGCUACCAACAACUGCGACAAACUUUCCUUGAGUAUGAAAAAUUGUCUGGUCAUGAUAUUGAAGUUUCUAUUAAGAAGGAAUUCUCUGGCAGUAUUGAAAAAGGACUUCUGGGCAUUGUAAAGUGUGUCAAGUCAAAGGUGGGGUUCUUCGCCGAACGCCUGUAUGCCAGUAUGCAUGGUAUUGGAACUAAGGAUCGCACUCUGAUCCGUAUAAUCGUUUCACGCAGUGAAAUUGACCUUGGAGAUAUUAAGAAAGCAUUUGAGGACCGUUAUGGAAAAUCACUUGAAAGUUGGAUUGCCGGAGAUACGUCUGGCGAUUACAAGAAGGCUCUGCUCUCUCUAGUUUCCACAUAAAUGUGAUGAAAAUUGAAAACGUUGCCUAGCUUUUAAUAUGUUCACUAUCAUUCGACUUGAACCAGUCAAAAUCUGCCGCUUUGAUAAUAACAUUGACUUCCACCCAGUGUUAUAGACACAUGUAAGGUUAAUUGCCAAAUUGAAGCUAAUCUCUCAAACUGGCUGGUCAAGCAAAGCUCAGUAGUUUCCAGAAUAAAAUAUUUUUUACGCAAUUUACAGUUUUCGAAAUUGUAAAUCACUUUGAAUGUACAUUUCAUCACGCCAAUAUUUAUAAAAACAAAAAUAAGAAGCGUGCUGCUUUGAUGUUGCAUAAGUGUCGUAAGAUAGUAUUGAAGAUUUAUAAAAAGUAAAAUAUUAUAGAGAUUAGAGUCUUUAUUUCCAGGUAUGUGGUAAACAUCUUUAACCUACUGCAAUUGCUAAUAAAUCUAAGCUAAUCGGCCUUGGAUAUGCAAAUUUCAGGAAGGAACAGAAUUUUCUUUCCUAUUUUAAAAUCUUAUAAGAUUUAUCUCUAGAAUUAUUAUUUACACGUGCACGAAUUAUUAAUGUGUAAUUGUAUUCUCUAUUCUAUAUCUUUUUCAUCUCUUUAUAGACGUUAAGUUUCAAGACAUUAUUUACGCUUGUAUCGAAUCUCUAUACAUGUAUGUCACAAUAUACAUAUAUCUCUCUUUUCCAAUAUAGAUGCUAUUAAUGUGAAGUGAAGGUUGUAUGAUCAGAGCAGCAAUCUUCUGUUGUUAUAUAGAAUAUAAUUAAAUUUAUAACGAACAAUUAAAUAAAGUAUCAUUCCAUACGAAUUAUAAGAAAUAUGCAUUAACUUUGGCAAUAAGUUUUCAAGUACUUGUCAUAUUCUAAAUAUAACUUAAUAUGUAUCAUUUAUAUAUCAGUAUCAUAGAUUCAAGUACCCUGAAAACAUUCCUUUGUGAAAUUUGUUGCCUUCUGAUGUAUAACUAUUCAUUGCCUUGUAGACAAUAUGUGCAUUUAAUAUUCCAGAAGCUAAUGAAAAAUAUGUAUGUUAGGUUUAUACAAUUUUUUUCUGACGCACAAACUUCUUACUGAAAUAUAAUUCCAGGCAAAUGUAGAUAAAUUUUUCCCACACAUACACACAUUAAUAUAAAAAUAAGUUAUGUACCUAUUUACUGUGUUUUUGAGAGCUAUUUACAAUAUUUUAUAUGGAUAUUAUAUUUUGCAAAUGUGAAAUUAUUUUUGCUUUCAUUGCUUUUGCCAUUACUUCCUUAAAAAAAAAUUUAUUUCGAGAGCAUUUCACUGUCAAUGUACAAUCUAUAGAACUAAAUAAAUGAAGUUUGAGUA